AUGCAUCUUGACAAAAUCCAGCCUACCGAUGUUCGAUUUGUUUGUGGGCUGUCUGGAUAUUUCCACAAGGACCUGCAAGCUGUGAAAAAAAGUCCCAAUUAUGAUCCCCUCGCCAACGAUAUCGCACCAGUGACACCAGGGUUCAAGCAGGUUGUCCAAGCAGGAGAGGUGAUCUCGAUUCUGCUUCGUCUCCAAAGUGGAGCUGUAGCUGUUGGUGAGUGUGUCGAUGUCAUCUUCUCCGGGACUGCAUCGCGUGAUCCUCUAUUCAUCCCCAAACAACAUCUGCCGUUGCUUGACAUGAUUGUGCGGCCAUGGCUUCUUGAAUGUGACGUGGCGACAUUCCGCUCAAAUGCGGUCAAAAUUGAUCAACCGUGGCCAGAGCUGGGAAAUAAGAGACUCCACACCGCCGUUCGCUAUGGACUCAGUCAAGCUCUUCUGUCUGCGACAGCUCUCGCCAACAAGUGUACCAUAACCGAGAUCGUUGCCCGUGAGUGGAAGACAAAGAUCAGUCAUCGACCGGUUGGUAUUCUCGCCUCCUGCCACCGAAAUGACCACCUACAACUGGAUAGGAUGAUUAUGAAAAAAGUGGCCCUUCUUCCACAUGCGUCAUUUGUCCACGUGAACGACAUCGGCCCUGGAGGUGAGACCAUGCUCGAUUAUGUGCACUCUGUCUCUCGACGUAUUCAGGAUCGAGGAGACCCGGGAUAUCGACCACGGCUCCACUUUGAUGUUUAUGGGACAAUUGGUGAUGCCUUUACGGACGCGGAAAUACCGAAAUUCCUAAAGAAAGUCGAGCAGGCAGCCCAUCCAUACGACGUAUUGAUCGAAUCUCCCAUUGUUUCUUCUAGUAAAGACUCUCAGAUUCUCCGCCUGCACCGGCUUAAAAAGAUCCUUGCAUCUCGCAGGAUCAAUGUGGGAAUAGUCGCAGACGAGUGGUGCAACACGCUAGACGACAUCCGAGACUUUGUUGACGCCGAUGCCGUGGACUAUGUGCAGGUGAAGACGCCUGAUCUGGGAAGUCUCCACAACUCCAUUGAUGCGGUCAUGUACUGUUUCAAGGAAAAAGUUGGGUGUUGUCUUGGUGGAUCUGCAAAUGAAACGGACAUUUCGGCGCGGAUUACUGCACAGGUGGCUCUAGCAACACAACCGCAGUUUUUGUUAUCUAAGCCUGGGAUUGGGGCUGAUGAGGGAUUGAUGAUUUUGACAAAUGAGAUGAUUAGGACUUUAGCCUUGGUUGAUAAUGGUUGGUAG